UCCAAUUAUGAAGUGGUUAGUAAUUGGACUAUGUUUAUAUUUUGUUACGCUAGAUGGAUGGUGUGCGAUAACGGAAAAACAAUUGAACGCAACGAAAAAAUUGGUACGAAAUUCGUGUACUACCAAAACGAAAGUUGCUCCUGAAGUGGUAGAUGCAAUGCAUAAAGGAGAUUUCAGUAAUGGACAGUGCUACAUCCUCUGCAUUAUGAAUACGUAUAAAUUGAUAAAAACUGAUGGAUCUUUUGAUUGGGAAGGAGGAAUUGCUACCGUUAAAGCAAAUGCUCCGCCACAUAUAGCCGCUACUGCCGCUGCAAGCAUUAAAAAUUGUAAAGAUGCAAUGAAAAACAAAAGCGACAAAUGUCUUGGUUCCGCUGAAAUAGCUAUGUGUAUAUACAAUGAUGACCCUCCAAAUUAUUUCUUUCCAUAAUCUUGGAUCCAUUUAACACAUUUGUAAAAUACAUUUUAUAACGAUGCGAUAAUAUUUAUUAUAAAUGAUUAAAUAUAACAUGAAGCAUU